UGGGACCGGAGCACCAAAACCAGCAGCUCCUCCAGUCCUGGUCCCACGUUAGAAUGGGGUAGGCAGCUGCUGGGAGCAGCCGCUUUUGGGUGUCCAAAGCCUUUUUGGGACGACCAAAGAUUUGGGGAGUCUGAGUCGGUGCUGUUCAUCCCCAGCAAGGUGCCAGAUGGGAUCCUCCUCCUCUGUAACCCUCCGGGGGGUACUGAGCCCCCACUGUCCCAAGGGGUCCAGGGGACCGCGCUGCCCGGGGGGGACCCACGGGUGUGCCCAAAUCUGCGUGAUUUCCCCGGGAAUUUAAUCCGGUCCCCAAAAUCACCGGGGCAGAGGCGGUUUGGGGCCGGGAGCCGGGCGGGGGCUUGGGGGCGGCCCCGCUGUCCGCACGGAGCCAGCGCAGGUCGGUGACAGCCGGGUGUGUUCCCGGUGCCCGUCGUGCCCCGCCCGCCCGGCAGUGACGCGCUGGCCUCGCCGGGAGGAGCCUCCGCCCUCCGCUCCCGCCAUCACCAAACUUUGCGCCGGCCCCGGCCGCCGCCUCCCCGGCACAUGGCCCCGCCACCGCGGCGCUGAGCGCCGGCAGCAGCCCCGGCCGGAGCGCGCAGGGAAGCGGGGACAGCGCGGCCGCCACCGCGCCAGCGCCGCCGCCUCCGGCACCCAUCGCGGGGCUCUCGGGAGGACGGGGCAGAGCGGCGAGGGGCGGCCGGAGGCAGCGGAGCCGGUGCCCAUGUGCCCGCCGUCGCGGCGGGGCGAUGAGGCCGCGAUGAGCGCGGCGGGCGGGGGCACCGUGCGGCCCUGGAAGCCCGACCCGGGCCAGGCGGGCGGGGGGCGGCCGGGACCGGCGCUGCCGCUCACCCUCAGCGUGCUGGCCUGGCUGGGCACCGGCACCACCAUGGCCGGCCUCAACAAGUGGAUCUUCGCGGCGCACGGGUUCCGCUACCCGCUGCUGCUGUCGGCGCUGCACAUGCUGUCCGGCGUGGCCGUGGGUUACCCGCUGGGCUGGGCGCGGGCACCGGGCCCCCGGCCCCGCGCCAGGAUCUACCUGCUCAGCCUCACCUUCUGCACCAGCGUGGCCCUGGGCAACCUGGGCCUGAGCUACGUGCAGCUGGACGUGGCCCAGGCCGUGGCCACCACCACGCCGCUGGUGACGCUGGUGCUGGGGGUGCUGGGGGGCCGGCGGCCGCACCCGCUGCAGUUCUGGGCCAUGGGGCCGGUGUGUGCCGGGGCCGCCUGCAGCAUCGCCGGCGGGCUCUGCUUCUCCCAGCCCGGCUGCGGCUUCCUCCUGGCCGCCACCGUGCUCCGCGCCCUCAAGUCCAUCCAGCAGAGUGUGCUGCUGCAGGAGGACCGUCUGGACGCGCUGUCGCUGCUCGGCCUGACAUCCCUGCCCAGCUUCGUGCUGCUGUUCGGGGCGGCCGUGGCGCUGGAGCUGGGUCCCUCGUGGCAGGGCGUCCUUCGCCCCGACGCCGCGCUCUGGGGCUGCGUCCUGCUCAGCUGCCUGGGCUCCGUCCUCUACAACCUGGCCACCUCCUGCCUCCUGUCCCUCACCUCGGCCCUCACGCUGCACCUCCUGGGCAGCCUCACCGUGGUGGGCAACUUGCUGCUGUCGUGGCUGCUGUUCGGCACGCAGCUGGGCGCGCUGGGCUACGCCGGCGUGGCGCUGACGCUGGCCGGGAUGGUGCUGUACCACCAGCCCCGGCUCCUGGCCGCCUGCUGGGGCCUGCGUGGGCACCUGCGGCACGAGUAGGGACCCGCGGGGGGCUGGGGGCCAGGAGGGCUCUGGGGAAUGCUGUGCACGUGUGUGCUGGUGUGUGUGAGCU